GGAACUGUAUCUGCGUUGAUUUGAUUUGUUUUCUGUCGAAUAUUUUUUGUUAGUUCUUUUUUUGAAAGGUUCACUCUGCUAUUCUUCUUUUGAUACCCCUUAGUAUCCGUUGUCUAGACCGGAUACCUUGUACUCGUCGCUGUUUCUAUUCGAGUUUUGGAUAAUUCAACAGACAAAAUGGUUGACGCUCCUGAAAUCCCGCAGCAAGAAACUCCCGGGAGAUCACCCUUCCAGAAUGGUGUGAGAACGAACGGUCGUGCUUUCAACUCCCCCAACUGGCGUAUGAAGGGAGAAGAAAGCCCCAAUGUGGAGGGUCAGGGUUCUCCCAAGCCCAGGACAAGCACCUCCAGACUGGCUUUCAGCAGACCAAGCCCACACGUUCCCCAUGCUAUCUCCGAGGGCCGACGUCUUUAUGUCGGCAACAUGCCUUAUACUGCCAAGUCUGAAGAUGUGGAAGCCCUGUUUACAGCGGCGGAAUUCUCCAUCGAGCGUAUCGACAUUGCGAUCGAUCCUUUCACGGGCCGAAACCCCUCCUACUGCUUCGUUGACCUGCCGACAAAGGACCUCGCUGAUCGGGCAAUGGUCGAAUUGGACGGCCAUGACAUGCUUGGUCGCCCUGUCAAGAUUAAGCCCGGUGUGGUGAAAUCUCAGCAACAGCGCAUGGAUGGAGAGAAGGGUCCACUAUUUUCCGUCGACCGCUGGAGGCGAAAUGACACUCCUACUUUCGCCAAGGUGAACAGUGACUCGAGCCGUCGUCUGUACGUUGGCGGUCUGCCCAAAUUGACCGACCACGAAGCUCUCAGCAUCAACAUCAACAACUUCUUCAAAGAUUACGAGGUUGAGAAUGUCAGCAAGCUGUUUACUCCUCACCCCUCCAAGAGAUUCGAACCCGGUGACCACUACUACCUUUUUGUCGACUUCAGCACUGUCGAAGAGGCUCAGGAGGCCAUGAACACUAUGAAUGGCAAGGAGGGUCCCUGGGGCGCCAACCUUAGGGUCCAACGAGCCCGGGGAGAGACAUGGAGGGACGAGAGAAGCAAGAUGCCUUCUACCGAGACGACUGAGAUCGCUGCUGCCGACGAAGUUUCUGUAUAAAAUACCUUGAGUGAUUACCGAUUUUACGCCUACCACCGGUUUUGAUGGGAUAAACGCAAAAGCAAAAAAAGUUUUGGGUCGUUGCUUUCCCAACAGGAUGGCAUUCCUGUGUGUUGCUGCAAAAGGACUACAUCGCAAUCUGAUCUUCGUGUCAAUAGCGAGACGAAAUCGUGGGGAAAGGCGGCUGCUGUGCUUCGUUAAUACCAGGUCUGACGUUUUGUUCAUGCCUGUCAUGCAUGAUGCUGCAGGUACCUGUGGCCUUGAUCCAGCGAAACCCAGAUGCCGGUUGGAGCAUCACCUCUGCUCGAUUUCAUUGGUUUCAAGCAACAGCAUUGGAGGAAGGUAACGACAGGUUGGGAGUUUUGGAAAUUGGGCAUAUUUUAACGUUUACCAUACUCAAAAAAGCGUGAUGAUCAUUAGCGAACAGGAUAAUCUUGCAUGCAGAUUCAUACAUGUCAGUUCCGAACCGAGCAUUCUUAGUAGUAAUCUUCCCC